UGUGUCUUCACACACUGAGAUAGCGGACCCCCGGCUGAAUGUCGGCGUCGUGUGAUUUAUAAAUAGCAUCCUCCUUCUUUCCUGCGCUGUGACUCGCAUACAGCAGCAUUGUGGGGUUAGGAGCAGGAAUGCGAAGAUGGCUGCAGACCUGGGAGAGCUACUUGUUCCUUACAUGCCCACCAUCAGAGUUCCCAGAACUGGAGACAGGGUGUUCAAGAACGAAUGUGCCUUCUCGUACGAUACACCAGAGUCUGAAGGAGGUCUGUAUGUAUGUAUGAAUACUUUCCUUGGAUUUGGAAGAGAACAUGUUGAAAGACACUAUCGUAAAACUGGACAGUGUGUAUAUAUGCAUCUAAAACGUAUAAUAAAAGAGAAAGCCACAGGUGCUGCAGGAGGUGCUGUACCAAUGAGAAGGAAAGGAAAAAUGUUUUUUGAUUUAGAGCCUAAUUUCGACUUUAAUGGGGAGGACUACGAGUAUGAAGAUGAAGCCAAACUUGUCAUAUUUCCAGACCACUUCGAGAUCCCUUUACCAAAUAUUGAAGAAUUACCUGCGCUGGUGACAAUAGCUUGUGAUGAAGUUCUCAGUGCCAAAUCCCCCUAUAGAAGACAGGACCCUGACUCAUGGGAAGAAGAAAUUCAGGUUUCAAAGCAUGCAAGCAGUUUGAAGCAACUUGACAAUGGAGUCAGAAUUCCUCCCAGUGGCUGGAAAUGUUCCAAGUGUGAGCUUCAGGAGAAUUUAUGGCUGAACUUAACAGAUGGCUCAGUCCUUUGUGGGAAGUGGUUCUUUGAUGGGACUGGAGGCAAUGGGCAUGCUUUGGACCACUAUCGGGAAACAAACUAUCCCUUAGCAGUCAGACUUGGAUCAAUGACACCUGAUGGAGCAGAUGUUUAUUCAUUUCAAGAGGAGGAAGCAGUGAUUGAUCCUCAUUUAGCAGAACAUUUAGCACACUUUGGAAUAGAUAUGCUUCAGAUGCCAAAGACAGAAAAUGGUUUCACCUGCAGUGAGUUCAAGUCACGUACUAAUGAGUGGGAGGUUAUACAGGAAUCAGGACUGAAACUGAAGCCAGUCUAUGGCCCAGGAUUCACAGGGAUUAAGAACCUUGGAAACAGCUGCUAUCUCACUGCCACCAUGCAGGUCCUUUUCCACAUCCCUGAAUUCCAGAGAGCAUAUGUGGGAAAUUUACAGAGGAUAUUUGAUUAUUCGCCACUUGAUCCUACACAGGACUUUAACACACAGAUGGCUAAACUGGGACAUGGUCUUCUUUCAGGCCAGUACUCCAAGCCUCCCGUGAAAUCUGAACUUAUUGAACAGGUGAUGAAAGAAGAAUACAAGUCCUUUCAAAAUGGAAUUUCACCUCGAAUGUUUAAGGCACUGACAAGUAAAGGUCACUCUGAAUUUGCAUCCAGUAGACAACAAGAUGCACAAGAAUUUUUUCUUCACUUGAUAAACCAAAUUGAGAGGAACAGUGAAGGCACAGAGAACCCUAGUGAUGUAUUUAGAUACCUGGUAGAGGAACGAAUUCAGUGCUGUCAGUCAAGGAAGGUCAGAUAUACACAUAGUGUUGACUACCUCAUGCAGCUUCCUGUGCCAGUGGAAGCAGCAACAAACAAAGAGGAACUAAUCAUGUAUGAGGUUAAACGACGUGAAGCUGAAGUGAACAAAAGAAUGUUUCCUGAGGUGGUGAGAGCUAGGAUUCCUUUCAGUGCCUGUUUACAGGCAUGGACGGAGCCAGAAAAUGUUGAUGACUUCUGGAGCAGUGCUCUUCAGGCUAAAUCUGCUGGUAUCAAAACAUCUCGAUUUUCAUCUUUUCCUGAAUAUCUGGUUAUCCAGAUAAAAAAGUUUACCUUUGGCUUAGACUGGGUUCCAAAGAAAUUAGAUGUAUCUAUUGAUAUGCCAGAUUUGUUGGAUAUCACUUUCCUUCGAGCCACUGGUUUACAACUUGGAGAGGAGGAGCUUCCUGAUAUUGCACCACCCAUUGUUAUUCCUGAUGAACCCAAAGAUCAUUUCAUGAAUCAUUUUAUGGACUCUCCUGAAAUUGAUGACUCGGCAGUUAUGCAACUUGCUGAAAUGGGUUUUCCCCUGGAAGCCUGUAGAAAGGCAGUUUACUACACUGGAAAUAUGGGAGCAGAGGUGGCAUUUAACUGGAUAAUAGCUCACAUGGAGGAACCAGAAGGAAACAGUAUCAGAAACCCGAGAAGUAAUCAGCAGCAGGAUUUUGCAGAGCCUUUGGUGCUUUCCAGUUUCAGUGAGAUUGGCCCAUCAGGGUUUGGAACUGCUCCUAUAUUGGAAAACCAACCUCCAGAGGAGAGUGUUGCAAUUCUUACAUCUAUGGGCUUCCCUAGAAAUCAGGCUAUUCGUGCAUUAAAAGAAACGAACAAUAACCUAGAACGAGCACUUGACUGGAUAUUCACUAACCCCAAUGGUGAAGAAGAAAGUGAAGCAGCUUCAGAUAUUGCUGAAAAUGAGGGGAAUACUAAUAGCAAUGAUGUCCUUACCAGCAAUGUGGCAGACAGUGAGCCUACUGGACCGCGUGUUAGAGACGGACCAGGAAAAUAUGAGUUAAUUGCUUUCAUUAGCCACAUGGGAACAUCCACGAUGUGUGGACAUUAUGUAUGCCAUAUAAAAAAGGAGGGCAGAUGGGUUCUCUACAAUGACCAUAAAGUGUCUCUGUCAGAAAGGCCACCUAAAGAUUUGGGCUAUAUCUACUUUUAUCAGCGGAUAUCCAGUUAAGCUCAAUUUCUUUCAGUUCAACACUGAAAGCAUCACCUUUUGCCAAAAAAAGUGUAAUAUUAAAGACUGAACCUGAUUAAAUAGGGGAAAAGCUUUUAUUCUAGAAUGUUUUUUAAUUGUUUUUAAAUGUCAGUUUCAGAGAUUUAUAAGAUAUUUGUGCAAUCUAUUUCUUGAAAAUAUACAUAAUGCUGUACUUUACAUAUCUGAAGUUUAAAUCCCUUUUUUAUUUAUUUUCAGAGCAUCUUUAAAAUCUUGGAAGAGAUUUUCAAUUUAUUUGAUUGUUUUGAUGUUAAUUAAUAUUGAUAAAGAAGAUAAAACUAAAAAUGUCUGAAAUCCCUGGGUCUGUUUUAGGCAGUGAUUCUUUAUUGGCCAUGUUGAGACACAAUAUUCCUAUUUUAAUUUGAAAGUUUUUUUAUUUGUUUGAAAAAAGAACUUUUAUGAAAUACCUAAAAUCCCCAGUACCAUGGGUACUUAUGAUUCAUCCUUUUAAAAAAACCCAAACCUUAUGUCUUGGGACAGCUGGUUUAUAAAAAAAAAAUCUACAUUUCAUAUUCUGCUUUUAAUGGUUUUCUUACUACCACAUUUCUCAUUUUUUGUAGUUUCAAUAAGAAUUAAGUAAAAUAUUACAACAUCUGAAGGUAGCUUGUUAUCAAAAAAAACAACAAAAUCUGUGUUUUUGAGGUAUUUUUAAUGAUAAUUAUUUGUUUUUGCCUUUUGCUCUUACUGAUUAAAGACACAUUACCUAUUUUGAGUAAUGCAAGAAAAUUAAAUUAACUAAACAUCCAGUUUUGGAGUAGUUGUUUUAGAAGUAUCAUAUCACUGCAGGGCGGUACGGGUCCUCCCUGCGUGGAGUUUGCAUGUUUUCCCCGUGUCUGCGUGGGUUUCCUCCGGGUGCUCCGGUUUCCUCC